AUGCACUCGUGGGGAGACAAACUCGUACUGAGGGGAUUGUCAUUCCAUGGCUUUCAGGGAGCAAAGCCAGAAGAAAGGAAACUAGGCCAGAAGUUCGUGGUAGAUAUAGAUGCUUGGAUGGAUCUUGCAGCUGCUGGAAAAACUGAUCACUUAUCAGAUACACUCAGUUACACAGCAAUAUAUGAUAUAGCCAAGGAAAUUCUUGAAGGGUCACCUCACAACCUUCUGAAAUCAGUGGCCCAAAAAAUUGCAAUAACUAUUCUCACAAAUCAUAAUGAAAUUUUUGUCGUUCGAGUGAAGGUUGGAAAGCCUCAUGUGGCAGUUCGAGGUCCAGUUGAGUAAUUAGGCGUUGAGACUUAUAGACGGGGAGCAACUUAUAGACGGAGGAGCGAUUUGUGAGGCUAAACUUUCAUAUUUGUUUUUAGGACUACCUUUUUGGGUCUCUCCACACUUAGCAUGGCCGAUAUUUUUUUUUUUUUUUUAUCCUAUUCUUCGUUGAGAGUGUCUUUGGUUGAGAGGACACUAAUACAUCACCAAAUUUGUUUAUUAUUCGUUAAGAGUGCAUUUGGUUACAUAGGUUAUAUAAAUAAGUAACUUAGACGGGAAAUAAA